GGCAAGCUGGCAAGGCAAGGGAAAUCUGGACCAGGGCCGCAAAGUCUGGGAGGAGACUCGGAGACUGGGAAAGAGGGCGCGCGGUGGAGACCUUCACCUCCCAGAGUCUGGGGGGUGUGGGUUGCAGAGAACGAAUUCCACUUUGCGGCUUGCCCUGCUCCUCCUUCUUGGUUACUCGCUUGUACGAAUAGCAGGUACGGAGUAAGGUACCUAGUGUACGAAUACACUAACAACCCAGGUAAUGUGCGAAGUACUGCGUACCACCACCGUCAAUCACGCCGUUUUUUAAUCAUCCACCUCCCUCCUCCUUCCCGCCCGACCUCUCUCUUUCUCUCCUUCUCGUCAUUCUCUCCCAAAAUCCUCAUCCGACCUCUCGCUGCCGUUUCCCCCGGGUUCGAGUGCGCCUCCCUUUCCUCUUCAAUAAAUCCACACAGUCAACUCCCUCGCUUUGGUUGACUUUAUUUCCUCAUCUACCUUUCACUAAACCGACCAACCCUUUUAAUCAACAACCCUUUUGGACUCCGAAACUUCACCCCUUUCGCAGCUCACAUUCAACUGUUCCUCACUCUUUCGGAACAUUCUAUCGCUUGGCACUUUCUGAUCAUCACCUUGGGUUUUUGGGAAUUCACUUUGGUUCCUUCGCACACAUAUUCACAAUGAAGUCUGUCGCUGCCAUCUCCGCCCUUGCGGCCCUGUCCGUCGUCUCGGCCAAGCCUACUGCUACUGAGCGCGAGGCCCCCAUCAAGGCCCGUUCCUUGCCCGCAGUCUCCGCCUCCGGCAACGCUUUCUACGCUGAUGGCACCCGCUUCUACGUCCGUGGUAUCGACUACCAGCCCGGUGGCUCUUCCGAGAACGUCGACCCCCUGGCCGAUACCACCAUCUGCGGUCGUGACAUUCCCAAGUUCAAGGACCUCGGUGUGAACACCAUCCGUGUCUACUCCGUCGAUAACUCCAAGGACCACAAGGAGUGCAUGCAGAAGCUCGCCGACGCUGGCAUCUACCUCGUUGCCGAUGUCAACAACCCCAAGUACUCCAUCAACCGCGCCGACCCCCACCCUUCUUACAACGCCGUCUACCUCCAGAGCGUCUUCGCCACCGUCGAGGAGUUUGCCCAGUACGACAACACCCUCGCCUUCUUCUCCGGAAACGAGGUCAUCCACGAUGAGGCCAACACCACCUUGACUGCCCCCUAUGUCAAGGCUGUCACCCGUGACAUCAAGAACUACAUGGCCUCCCGCGGCCUUCGCCACGUCCCCGUCGGCUACUCUGCCGCCGAUGUCGCCGACAACCGCAUGCAGUCCGCCGAGUACUUCAACUGCGGUAGCGAUGAUGCCCGCUCCGACUUCUUCGCCUUCAACGACUACUCCUGGUGCAGCUCCAGCUUCAAGCAGUCUGGAUGGGACGUCAAGGUUAAGAACUUCACCGACUACGGUAUCCCCAUUUUCCUGUCUGAGUACGGUUGCAACACCAACACCCGUACCUUCGACGAGAUGGAGGCUCUCAUGAACUCCGAGAUGACCGGUGUCUACUCUGGUGGUCUCAUGUACGAGUACUCCCAGGAGGCCAACAAGUACGGUAUCGUCGAGAUCAGCGGCAGCACCGUCUCCGAGCUUGAUGAGUACGCCAACUUCAAGAGCGCUCUCUCCAAGUACCCCGCCCCCACUGGUGACGGUGGUGCCGCCUCUACCUCCCACUCUGUCGCUUGCCCUACCUCUGACUCCGUCUGGAUGGUCGACCCCACUAAGAUCCCUACCAUCCCCUCCGCUGCCGAGAAGUACAUGACCGCUGGCGCUGGCACUGGCCCCGGUCUCGAUGGCGAUGGCUCCCAGACCGCUGGUGACUCUGCUUCAGACGGCGAGACCACCGGAGGUGUUGCCUCUGCCACUGCUUCCGGCGGCGCUUCCGCCACUGGCUCUUCCAACGCUGCUGCUGGCAUGACCUUCGGUAGCCCCAUCGAGAAGGCUCCUUUGGCUGUUGCCGGUCUUGCCGCCCUGUUCACCAUGUUCGGCGCCUUCCUGUUGUAAGAAACUGAAGCCAUGAAGAUUGGCCCAGCUAUUGCUGGAUGUACAAACGAUAUCCAAAGGGCAUUUGCUCUUAAUUCGCAUGAAGCACUAGAUUUGAUGUACGGCUUGGCCGCUCUUUCGUUAGUUUAUCAAUGACACCCAGGGUACGGGAGUCCCCGGCUUCUGAACAGUGAAUAACACGGCAUGGAAACGGUUUUAUUUGGAGUUGAGUCUUGGUGCUGGCUUUGCUGCUUUACAAAAGCCGCAAAGGACCCUGAAUCCUUUUCUAUGCAGGCGCAAGAUUUUUGUACGUAUUGUUGCGAAAAAGCAACAACGAUUGUAAUUCAUUUGUUUGAUUAUGA